GCCGUGUGCCUACACAGCGAGUAAAUGUAAGGAGCAAGAGUCGUCCCCAGUGCAGAAGCAGUGCUGUAAAGAAAAGAGAAGAGAAGAUGGGCGAGUUGAGCACCGAUUCAAUUCUCUCCAAAAGGAUCGUCCGGUCCUUCCUUCAAUUUCUCGAUUCCGUUGAACCUUCCCCUGGUGUUGAUCCUGAAGGGCUUGAAGUUGCAAAGGAAUGCUUAUUAGAUGUAUUUAAGAUUAAUCAUCCGAUUGAUAGUCAAUCGAGUGAUUCCUUAGUUGAAAUAUUCCGAUUAAAGGACUCAACCGAAAACAAGUCAAAUUCUACUCAUAAACAAUCAUCAACUAAUGUUCCUAGUACAUCCGCAACCUUGAAUAAGGAAACUGACAGGACUGGAGCAGCUCACACCCAGGGAAUAUCCAAAGAUGAAAUGUUUGGGCAAUUUUUUGGUGCGCUGGAAAAAGCUCAUUUUUUUAAGACUAUGCCUGAUGGAGCUGAUGAUGAGGACCAACUUGAUAGGGCAACGAGAACCUUUCAUACUGCUGUAGCGGAGCUGGAAAAAUCUGGGUGCCAGACAUAUGAUCGAAAAAGUCUUGCUGAGAUCUUGAAGUCGCAAGGCAACAAAGCGAUGCAGCUGAAGCGAUACUGCGAUGCAGUUGAGCUGUACACUUUCGCGAUAGCACUAUUUGAAGAUAAUGCUGUCUUCUAUUGCAACAGAGCGGCUGCCUACACCCAGAUCAAUCAGUACACAGAAGCAAUUGCAGACUGCGUUAGAUCUAUUGAGAUUGACCCAAACUAUGGAAAGGCAUACAGUCGUUUGGGGUUCGCGUAUUAUGCUCAAGGGAACUAUAGGGAUGCUAUUGAUAAAGGAUUUAGUAAAGCUCUACAGUUGGAUCCAACUAACGAGUCGGUCAAAGAAAAUAUUCGAGCAGCAGAGCAGAAGUUAAGGGAAGAGUAUCGGAGAGCUGGACAUUAUCAGUAUUCAAGCUCCUCAAGUCAUCAGGGAGAUCCAUAUCAUCAAUCUGAAGGUGGUUCAGGGAGUCAUGGCACAAUGCCAUCACAAUUUACGUCAGUGCCUCUUACUGCUAAUGGAAUGCCUGUUGAUAUUGGAAGUUUGAUUCGAAAUAUGACUGCCAAUUACCAGGGAGCACAUCCUCAAGAUGAGCCGCAAGGAGAUAGUAACAACACUACUCCUCCUGACGCGGAUAUUAGAAUAGGUGGGAAUAUUAAUGUCAAUCUUGGUGAUCAAAUGCCUGAAGAGCUUUCAGGGGCAUUGAGAUCUGUAAUGGAGAUGUUCUCGGGGACGGCACCCCCACCCCCACCACCCCCACCACAUGGUAACUCACAAGACAACAUGAGCAGGAGGUCUGGACAAAGUUGAAGUAACUAUGUACUAACUUCGUAACAGAAAAAAUGGCUGAAGUUUAAAUUUCUUUCUAUUAUUUAAUUUCAUACAAGCACAUAGCAACUUCAGUCCCGUGUGUUGGUAUAUAUCACCGGAGUAUGUGAAUUUUCACCAAUUUAGUCUUUUACAUGUAGAAGUCCGGCGGAGUAAAUUAUAAAGAAAGUGGAUUUGACUGUUUUUGGGUUA